UUUAUAAUUAUUUCCGUCUGUCGUCUCGAACUAUACACAACGCAAAACCGCGGGUAGAUAGAACAUUGUCUUGUUGAGUGGCGCGGAGUGAAGACGUUGUGCGUAGCAAACGAGCCGAUAAAUUAUAAUAUAAUACGAUAUAAUAGUGGCCAUUACAUGUGGCGACGAGGAAAAUUGUAGCACCAUAAUAUGGCACAAUACACUCUAGAUAAAUUUGAGUGCGAAGGGGAGGUAGGCUCAGUUGCUAUUCGAUGGGAACGUUGGAAAAGGAGUUUAGAUAUAUAUUUAGAGGCGGCUGGUAUUGACACCGAUGCCAAGAAAAGAGCUUGUUUGUUACAUUUUGGUGGACCCGAAUUACAAGAAAUAUUUUAUAAUAUACCGGGUGCCAAUGCACCCAUAGACGAUAACAAUAAAGAUCAAAUCUUUGGAAUAGCGAUAAGUAAAUUGGACGAAUACUUCGCGCCAAAACAAAGUAAAAUAUAUGAAAGACAUGUGUUUAGACUCCUUAAACAGGGACCUGGCGAAAAAUUCGAAAAAUAUCUUAUAAGACUGAGACAACAAGCAACUAAAUGUCAAUAUACGGCUAAAGAUGAAAACAUUAUCGAUCAGAUCACAGAAAAAUGUCUAUCAGAUGAUUUACGUAAAAAGAUUUUGAAAAUGGGGGACAACGUUACCCUAGAUAUGAUAAUAUCAGAAGCAAAUGCGCUAGAAGUCAUUGAACGGCAAUUAGGUCAUUUUGAAAACAAGACACAAGAUUUCCAAACAGUUAAUAAAUUGACAUCAGAACCAAAUAAAAACCAGUAUUCAGAAAGGAAACCAUGCGGAAGAUGUGGGAGUCUCAAACAUUUUGCUCGCGAUGUAACUUGUCCAGCUAAGGGAAAGACUUGUUUAAAGUGUGGAAUACUGGGUCAUUUCCAAAAUCAAUGCAGGACAAGACAAGGCCAGAAGAGAAAGGAGUUUGACAAAGGAAAAGGUGUGAAAAGAUUUAGGCAAGUGAAUAGUUUAGAAGAAACUCUAAGUAUGGAAGAACAACAAACAGAUUACAUUUUUAAUUUAGACAGUGAGGCAACUGUCAAUUGCAAAAUAGGUGGUGUAGACACAACAAUGUUAAUAGACUCAGGCUGUAACUAUAACUUAAUAACAGACAAGACAUGGAAGAAGUUAAAAGAAAACAAUAUUGUAGUGAGGGCACAGAAUAAUAAAUCUAACAAAAGCUUUGUGGCAUAUGGAUGUACUACACCUUUGAAACUAUUAGGUUCAUUUCAAGCAAAAAUAAACUUGUCUAACAAAAAAAAAUGCCACUUUCUAUGUUGUCGAAAGCGGAACACGAAAUUUACUAGGGCGAAUUACUGCAACUUCCCUAGGGGUACUCAAAAUCAAUGUUAA